AUGUAUUGGGGAUUGUCAGGCUUGGACUGCCAAGGGAAUAUAUCUGACUUUGAUAUGUCGGCCAAUCUUGUUGGUGACAGCAGCAUGACAGAAGAUGAAGUGACAGUGAAGAAACAAGAUACUAUGAAGUCGAGUGUAUGCAUAAAAACUGCUGAUGGUCAUGCAAUACAAGUUGAUUUUGAGGUUGCCACAUUAUGCACAAGGAUAUGUAAUGAAAUGCAAUCAGGGCGUGGAUAUUCUAUGGACAACCCCAUAUCACUACCUCCACUAAUCAGGAAAAACUUUUUGAGCUUCGUGAUAAAUUAUUGUCGAUAUCAUCAGGUGUCUGGCAGCGUUUAUGAGGGCACUACUUUUGAUGAAAUCUUACAUGAUAUGGAUGCAAAUUUUCUAUAUGAGUUGAUAUGUGUUGCACACUAUCUGCAACUGAAAUCGUUGAUUGAUCUCACUCAUGAAGCUAUGGUGAAGAAGAUUGAGAAUUUGUCAUCAAUUAAGGAAUUAUAUCACAUGUUGCAUCGUCCAGAGAAUGUUUCAGAGGAAGAACACUCAUCUUGGAUGAAGUUUUUUAGAAGAUUUUUCACAGAAAGGCAGAAAGAAAAUAAGGAAAAGGGAAAUUCAGAGAAGUUUGAGAUUGUAUCAAAGCCAAGGCAAUAUGAAGAUACACGUUCGAUUGAUGAGCUUCUUGCCUUCAUUAAUGGAGGGGAUGAAGAUUCUAAGGGGUUCCAAACUGGUAAGAAGAAGAAAAAGAACAGUAAAAAGAGGGACAAACAAAAGAAGGGUUUUUCCGCUUGUGCUUCUUCAACAAAUCAAUCCUGCCUUCUAAAGAACGACGUUGAGAUCCCUGACGAGAUCAGCACCCAGGAUACAAAUUCUUUUGAAACUACUAGCCUUGACAUUGAGAGUAGUUCUAUGUCAAGGAUGGUUGCUGAUAAGUUAAAGCUAUCAAACACUGGUGAUAAAAAUGCCACUGCCGAGGAUGGCAUUGACAAUAUAAGUGAAGAAUUACUUGAUAGGUCAGGCUUGGACUGCCAAGGGAAUAUAUCUGACUUUAAUAUGUCGAACAAUCCUGCUGCUAACAACAUUACCUGCAGGGAAGCUGAAGUGAUAAUAAAGAAACAAGAUACUUUGAAGUCCAGUGUAUACGUAAAAACUGCUGAUGGCCAUAUACAACAAGUUGAUUUUGAGGUUGCCACAUUAUGGGGGACCAUAUAUAAUGAAAUGCAAUCAGGACAUGGAUAUUGUAUGAACAACCCUAUAUUACUACCUCCAGUAAUCAAGAAAAACUUUUUGAACUUCGUGAUAAAUUAUUGUCGAUAUCAUCGGGUGCUGGGCAGCGUUUAUGAGGGCACAACUUUUGAUGAUAUCUUACUUCAUAUGGAUGCACAUUCUCUAUAUGAGUUGAUAUAUGUUGCACACUACCUGCAACUCAAAUCUCUGAUUGAUUGCACUUAUGAAGCCAUGGUGAAGAAGUUUGAUAAAUUAUCAUCAUUUGAGGAACUAUAUCACAUGUUGCAUUGUCCAGAAAAUGUUACAGAGAAGGUUGAGAUUGUAUCAAAGCCAAGGCCCUAUGAAGAAGAUACACGCUCGAUUGAUGACCUUCUUGCCUUCAUUAAUGGAGUGGAUGCAGAUUAUAAGGGUGCCCAAACUCGUAAGAAGAAAAAGAAGAACAGUAAAAAGGACAGACAAAAUAAUGAUUCUUCCCCAUGUGCUGCUUCUUCAUCAACUCAACCCGGAAUUCUGAAGGAAGGGGUUAAGGGUCCUUAUGAAAUCAGCACCCAGUAUUCAAAUGCUUUUGAAGCUACAAGCCAUGGCUUCCAGAGUAGUUCUAUGGCAAACAUGGUCGCUGAUAAGUUAAAGCUAUCCAACACUCCUGAUAAGAAUGUCACUGUUGAGGAUGACAUUAACAGGGGUGACUGUGACCUUACUCCCAGCCCAGAGUUUGAUAGGUGA